AAGUCUUCCCCAAUCUCAAAAUAAAAAUAUUACGCCUCAGGCUCCAAUAAUCGAUUAAUUUCUCUGAUCGGGCUCGAUAUUUAAACACAAACUUCGAUUCCACGUAUCAUUUAGUAUCGGUGCUCCAUAGAAACGUGUCCAAAUUGUGAUAUUGUGCGAUGAGUAGCACACAGACAUCGUCUGAAGGGACAGCAAAUGCUGGAUCAAGUUCCACAACUGGAAAUGAAGAGGAACCAACUGCCCCACCAGAUGGAAGUUAUGAGUGUAAUAUUUGCCUUGACACUGCGCAUGAUGCCGUCAUUAGCAUGUGUGGACACCUUUUCUGUUGGCCAUGUCUCCAUCAGUGGUUAGAAACACGUCCUCACCGCCAAGUGUGUCCAGUUUGUAAAGCUGGAAUUAGCAAAGAUAAGGUCAUCCCUCUUUAUGGCAGAGGAAGCACUGGUCAGCAAGACCCAAGGGAGAAAUUACCCCCACGCCCAGCAGGUCAGAGAUCGGAGCCAGAAAACACGGCUGGAUUUCCUGGGUUCGGAUUUGGAAACAAUGGUGGUUUCCAAGUGUCAUUUGGCAUUGGUGCAUUUCCUUUUGGUAUGUUUGCAUCAACAUUCAACUUCAAUGAUGGAAGGCCUGCCCCUCCACAGCCGGGUUCACCACAACAUGCAGAAGAUCAGUUCUUAUCUCGUGUUUUCCUGUGGAUAGCAGUCUUAUUCAUAUUCUGGUUGUUAAUCGCAUAGCUGACGACGAUCCUAUGAUAGUGGACAUGUUUACGUCUUCCACUACAAAGAUAUUUUGGAACUGAAGGCUGUCGACAAAGAUAUUGUCUUAUUAGUACAGACUGGUUGUGUCUGUUUAGGACUGUGGAUGUGGGGAUGGGUUUUAAAUAGCCAGAGUUUGUAAUGGGGCCAAAUCAAAUCCUUUCAGAUCAAAAGUGGCAUCUGGUGUUACUCUUAUGUCUAUUGCUGUUACCUUUAACAGACUUGAGGCUUUUGAUGUUGUGGGAGGGGCAUCGUCUCAUAUGGCUAAUACCUGGCUCUGAAACAAUUCCAUGUCCACUGUGUAGUGCUAUCCUUGAAAUGUGAUCGAGUGCGACCUUGUGUGCCAAUGCCAUUACACAGUCUAUGGUUAUGAUUAUUGAUAGUAAUAAUAUAUUGUCUUCAAAGAGGUUCUCUGGUCAACUUUAGGAGUUCACAUGCAAAAGCGACUAAUCCACUUCAGGUCUUUUUAAGUAAACACAACUUCUCAGUUGUGAACCAGUGACAUCGAUGGCAUUUGUUUGUUGUACAUGAAAGUAUUCAUAUCUGGGUCACUGUCAGCUUUGUUUUACCAUCAUUCUCUCAUUCUUCUAAGGAAUGGCUUUUAGUAGCUUUUACAUUUGAACUCUUCACUUCAUUCAUGCUUCUAAACGUGUUUGUGCUGAUCGACAUGAAAGUGUCAGAACAUCAGGUUUCCUCUAAAAUGGUCUCAUUUUGGAUGGCUGUCCUGUGAAGGCAUAGUCUGUAAAUCAACUUGCAUUUGGAGUAUUUUCCAGUGUGUGGCUAGACAUAAUGAAGCUGUUUUAAAGUUAUAUGUAAAUAUUGUACAUAGUUGAUAGCAAGUAUUGAUUAGUCCAUACUUGUUGAUAGUAAUGUAAAUUUAUAUAGUUAUUUUGAGGUGAAUGAGCUGAACUACAGGUCUGUGAUCUACUUGGCAGUGUUUACUGGUGGUAUCUUGUGUUAUACUACACCAGUGAAUAUUACCAAAGAGAUUUUCUGUAGCUUAGUUCAGCUCUUUCAUUUUAAACUAAAGGAAUGUAAUCAGUUAACUUGUUUUCUUGAUGCACUAAACAUUUAGUUAUAAUUCCACUUUCUGAGAAUGACAACCUAUUGAAAUGUUAGAAACAGAUAUCCUUGGACUAUUCUCUACCUGACUGGACGUUGAUUUCAUCCAAGUUAAAAGUCAUAUCAUCUUUCUGAACAGUUUUCGUAAUGUGAUGUUUUCUUUGUGAUCACCUCAACUUGGAUAAUGCAUCCUCUCAGACUCUCUCUACCAUGUUCAGUUUGGUGAAGUUUCCCUGUUUUGACAAAUAGUUUGAAGUUCAAAAAGAUAAAGAAAAUCAGUUGGUCGUCUGUGGCAAAGUGUGAUGGUGUGCAGCUUUGGUCACAGUACCUCAUCCCUCUUCGUCAUAAAGGACUCGCAGUGGGAGACUUCUAACUCAUGUAGUAAGUUCUCUUCUUCUGACUUGGAAAGUGUUUACCCCAUAUGUUGUUUGUGCAACACCGCCUGUGAGUUCAUGGUUGAUAGAUCAGUUUGAUCGAAGAAUAAAUAAUUCUUGU